CAUAAGACACUGAUACAAGGACUGAUCCCACUGCGGCCGAGCGUCACCGACGUCCUCUGUACAAACACAGGCAGCUCGGCCGCUUCUCGGGGAUGAGCUGCUGUAGCCUGACAUUGUUUGCUGGUAGUACUCGAUAAUAUCUGGAGGAUGGACUGUCGAGGGGUUCUGCCUGCAAUAUGCGCCGCUUGUUUCAUAGGCAUGGUGGUGAGCCAGACCACACUCACUCCUGCUGUGAUAAACACCACUCUCAUCGAGAAUGUGACCAGUCUGACCAUAACUCCCAUGAUUCUCAGCAGCACGACCCCGGGCUGCUCCUCAUUCAACACUUCGACUUGUGAGCCCUGUGCACCGGGAUCUCAGUACAACAACAACACCUUGCUGUGUGCGUGCUGCUCUGACCCUGGGCUGUGUAUAUUUCCUGGAGCUUGCCUGCCAUGCACCACAGGUUUCUAUCAGCCACUAGCAGGACAGCAGCAGUGUCUGCCCUGCAACCGGGGCUUCUACACAAAUUUCACUGGGAGUCCAUUAUGUCAUCCCUGCCCUACUGGAUCCUUCAACAAUAACACCGGUGGAGACAGUUGCACAGCUUGUUCACCAGGUUCCUUUUCAUCUCAGCAGAGCUCCACUUCAUGUUCACCAUGUGCACUGGGAAGUUUUUGCAACUCCGUUGGUUGUAGCAAGUGCGAGAUUUGUCCUGGAGGAACAGAAGCUCUUCAGACUGCAGCUAGAGAAUGCACAAAAUGUCGACCAGGCAUGCACAAGGCUCCCCGUCAGACUAUGUGUCAAAUCUGCGGGAGUGGCUUCUUCCAGAUCCACUGGGGCAAGGAGAGCUGUGACGUAUGCCCCGAGAAUCACUACUGCCCUAGUCCAGACGUGAACCCCAUUCAGUGUCCCAGCGAUGCGUUCUGUCCCGAGGGCAGCUUGUCUCCAGGCUACUGCAUGGAGACUUUCUUCCGCAAAGAAGGGGACACUUGUGAAUUGGCCCCUGUCACUAUUGCUCUUUUAGUUAUUGGAGGAGGGGUGGCCCUGCUCUUCGUCAUUUUAAUGGUCCUACGUCGACGGAAAGACACUGAUGGAGAGCUGUCUGUAGCCCGAGCUCCAUUACUACGCAAAGAGCGACCUCAGGGUCGGUACUAUGGGAUCCCCUGUGAUGCAGAACCUGUAUAUGCUGGCUGGUGAACCAAAGGACAUCAUCUCAGCAUUCUUAAGUGCUUGGUGGGACAAAACCAACUGAAGUCUUAUCUUCAUAUGGGUCCCAACCAAAGACAAAAUAACUGAUGGUAGAAGAUUGAUGGUAAAACCCUGGACUGGUGCCUUGAAAGUAUUUUGACAAUCCAGCAUCUUUUUUUAUGCGGUACAUUUGACGAUACAUUUUGUGAAUUCUUGUAGUUUGACACUGUUACAGUUCCCCCACUCAGACAAACACGCUCCAUUUGUAAACUAGAUUAUUGGAUUGUGAGAGGAAUGCUGGAACGGUGAAAACGAGAUUCGUGCCUUGACUUGGUGGGAACCUCUCUCUCUUAUGAACAGCACUUUUUUUACAGAGGUAAUUGAUUUACUUUGCACUAAAGCGUUGGUAGACUUGUGGAGGCCUCCAGUAACUCGUGUAGUUCCACAGUUACAGAGAGGUGUACAUAAACUGUGGUUUGUGCCUUGUGUUUUUUAAUGCAUUUAGCAUAUCAUGUUGUCUGUAGAUUCAUUGAAACCUUUGCUUCAUGUUUUUCAUCUGCUUUUUCAGGUUAUAUUUGUAUGUUUUAAAGGAAAAUAAAUAAAAUAAUUAAU